AUGAGAAAUUUUUUAGUACGAAUUUCAGGGGGAAAUGAAAAGGUAUGUAAUAAAAUUGCAAAAAUAUUUUCUGAUCAUUUUUUAGAACAAAAUAAUGUGGAUUUAGAUAAUAAAAAGGAUAAAUAUAUAUUAACAGAAAAAUAUGUAGAAACUUUUUUAAUUCCACAUUUAUACAAACAAAACAGUCACAAUGAUUUAUAUUCAGUAAAUUGUGAAUUAGAUAUGCCAACUGGAAGUUUAUCAUCAAAUAAAAUAAAUAUACACUUAUAUGGAUCUCAAAUAUAUUUUGAAAAUAUAGAAAACACUUCAUAUCAACAAGUUGAAAAUAAAAAUGAUAAUGAUAACAACACUUCUUCAAUUAAAGCAUAUAAAAUAAAGAAUAAAAAUAUAUUGCUGAUACAUGGUUUCUUUAAUUAUAGAAAUAAUGGACAAAAUGAUAAAUUCGAGAUAAAUAAAAAUAAGGACAACUGUGUAAAGGGUUUAUAUAAUUAUAUUAAAAAUAGCGGUAACAUAAAAACUAAUCUUAAAGAUUGUUUGAAAAAUAUCGAAGGAAGUUUUGUUUUAAUUUAUAUUGAAUAUGAAAAAGAUAAACAAAUAAACAUGUAUUUUUUUAAUGAUCAGUUUGGUAUGAAAUCAUUUAUAUAUUUUUAUGAACAAACAAGUUUAAUAUUAACAAAUAUGUAUAAUCCUUUUAUUCAUUAUAAUUUUAACUAUAUUAAUAUAAACAAAAAUGAAUAUAUAUUUAACGAUAACUCUAUAAAUAAAUAUGUGAAUUUAUUCGAAAAUAGUAACCAUUUAAUAUAUGAUAAGGAAAAAUGUUUAAAUUUUGAUCAAAAAUAUGAUAAAGGUAAUAUUCCAAUAAAUGAUAAAAUAGGGAUUAAUAUAACACCAUAUAAUAUAUAUAAAAUAUAUUUUCGUAAAAAUUGUGAAGUUUUAUUUGAAAAGAUCAAAAAAGACAAUUGCAUAUACACAGAAGAGUAUCAAUGGGAUGACAAACAAAUACCAUUAAAAGAUAGUUUUGAAAAUAUAAUAAAUUUUUUUAAAAAAAAUAUAUUUCUUUUUUCCAACACAAAUCAUGAAUUAGAAAUAUCCCAAUUAAAUAUUAUUAUUGAAAUGUUAUGUAACCAAAUAAAAGACAAUCCAAAAAAUCAAGAAUUUUUUCAACAUAUAUUAUCAGAAAUAAAAUUAAAUAACAUUUUUGUUAACUUAUAUUUAAAGUUGUUAAAUUCUGUUAUUAAAAGAAAAAUACAAAUUUUUUUAAACUCGAAUAAUUCUCAAAAAAAACAAAAUGACAUCAAUUCAUGCACAUAUAAAAAUAAUACACAAUCCUCUUUUUCAAAUAAAUCAAUUGCAAUCUUAUUUUCAGGAAGUGUCGAUUCUAUGUUAUUAUCUAUAAUUACUAUACAUAAUUUUUUUAGUAUAUAUAAAAAUGGAUAUAUAGAAUUAAUUAAUAUAUGUUUUGAUGAAAAUGCUAUAGAUAGAUAUACAUGUUUAAUUUCUUAUGAGCAUAUAAAUAAAAUGUUUCCAGAAUAUGAUAUUAGAUUAUUAUUAAUAGAUGUACAACCUCAAGAUCUUAUUAAAUAUGAAAAAAUUAUUUAUUUUAUUAUGGCUCCAAAUAAUUCUAUAAUGGAUUAUAAUAUAUCUUCUGCAUUAUUUUUUUCAAAUAUAAAAAAUGGAUAUAUUUUUUCUCCUAAUUUUUUUAGUACUCUUGAUUGGAAAUGUAUAAAAAAAAAAGUUUUGCCUUUUCUUAAUAUAAAUAUGGAAAAAGAGGAUUUAAAAAAAUUAAAAACACAAAAAGAAAAUGGUUACACAAUUAAUUUAAAUAAAGAAAUGAAAGAAAAUAAAUCAAAUAAUAAAUGUAGUAUAUGUGAAUUUAAAAUGAACUUUAAUUGUGUUCAUAAAUCAUGUUCAUUAUGUUGUAGAAAAUUAAGAUAUAUAUAUUAUAAAGAAUAUUUUUUAAAAAAAAAUAUAAAUAAUGAAGAAAUUAACAGAAAUUAUAUUAUACACUAUAUUGAAAAUUCGACAUUUCAAACAAAAAAUAUUUCUUCAAUUAAUAAUAAUAUUCAAAAUCAAAAUGACAAAAACAAAUACACUGGUAUGUAUCAAAUCCAUGUGGAUCCUAAAACAGGAAAAGAUAUUAUUUAUUUGUUUGUAAAAAAAAAAAAAGUAUUAAUAAAUUUUGAUAUAUAUUAUAACUGCAUUGUGCAUAAAGAAAGAUUAUAUAACUAUCAAGAAAUAGACAAUUUAUUUAUUAAUUUUAAUAAAGAAUUGAGAAAAAUGAACAAAACAAAGGAAAACAGUUUGAUAAAUGUGCAUGAAAAUGAUAAUACAAAAAUUGAACAAAAUAAUCCAGAUCUUUGUCUAAACAACGAUUUUGUAAAUAAUUUUAUACAGAUCGAAAAAGCAAAUUUAAAUUCAAACAAUAAAAAUAGUGAAGAACAAAUAAGAAAUUUAUUAUGUAAAAAAACAAAAACCGAAAAAAAUAAAAAUAAUAAUAAUAAAAUAUAUUUAAAUAAUGAUAUAAAACACGAGGAAGACAAUUUAAAGUAUUUGAGUAAAGAGUUGUAUAUAAAAUGUAAUGGAUUGGUUUUAUCAAAAACGGAAAAACAAAAAGAAACAAACUGCUAUUGUAAACAUAGAAUGCUUAUAAUUGGAAGUGGAGCUGAUGAGUUAUAUGGUGGGUAUUAUAGACAAAAUAAUAAAAUCCAAGAAAAUGGGAACUUAAAAAAAAUCAAUUAUAAAUUAAAAGAAAUGAUAAAAGAUAUAAAAAGAUUAUGGAUUAGAAACUUAUAUAGAGACGAUAGAAUAAUUACAUAUGCAAAUAAUUGUGAACAAUAUGUCUUCUAUCCAUAUUUAGAUAUAAAUUUAAUAAAUUUUUUGUUUUCUAUUCCGUUUCAAAUUGUUGAAAAACCGAUAAAUAUUAUAAACUUAUGUGAAAAUAAAAAUAAUAAUUUAAUUUAUUCUCAAAUUAAUGAAAAACUGAUAAAUAAUGAUAAAAAUAAUAUUGAAAUAAAAUUCAAUUACCUAUUAAACAAUUUAGAUGAACAUUAUAAAUUAUAUACAUCUAUAAAUAAUUAUAAAAUUAGUAAAUGGAUUUUAAGAAUGUCGAUAUAUUUUUUAAAAUUUAAAAAUGUUAUGUUUUUUAAAAAAAAAGCUAUUCAAUUUGGAUCAAAAGCAAAACAUAUUUCGAAAUAUAUGGACGAUUUUAUUUUAUCAUAUAUUCAUGAAAAUAAAGAAAUCCAAUAUUAUAAAGAAGAAAAAAAAAAAAAAAAAAAAGGAGAUGAUCAAUAUACAUUAAUUUGUAUUGGAAAUAUGCCAAUACAAAACCAAAGUAAUAAAGAUUAA